AUGGACCUGAAUUACGAUCUAGAUGUUUUUGGGCAACAGCCAGGACUCAGCAAUCUGUACACUCAGAUUUCCUGUUGCUUUUCCGUGGCCGAUGCGUCUUCACAUACAGCGAUCAUCAACACGUUGACGAAUGGUCUUGAACGACUGUCUGCGAGUUUUCCAUGGGUAGCAGGCCAGGUCGUCAACGAAGGUUCAGGCGAAGGAAAUUCAGGGACCUUCAAGAUAAUACCAUUGGAAAGAAUACCUCGUCUGGUCGUGAAAGAUCUCCGAAAUGAUCCAUCGAUGCCAACAAUGGACGCGCUCAGACGAGCUAACUUUCCCUUCAGCAUGCUCGACGAAAGCAUCGUUGCACCUCGCAAUACCCUCCCAGGAAGCCCUGACGGGUCCCCAUCACCAGUUUUCCUUCUCCAAGCCACUUUCAUCACGGGCGGUCUCCUGCUCACCUUCGUCGCCCAGCACAAUGUAAUGGACAUGACUGGCCAAGGUCAGAUCAUCGAUCUCUUGUCGAAAUCUUGCUGCAACGAACAAUUUACAAGUGAAGAGCUCUCAUCCGGAAAUCUUGACCGCCGUAACAUUAUUCCCUUACUCGACGACUCCUACAAGCCAGGCCCCGAGCUCGCUCACCAGAUGGUAAAACCUACUCCAUCACAAACCAUCUCUAAGGACUCCAAUGCCCACCCAGAAUCGGAUCCCCCUUCAAAAUGCUCCUGGGCAUACUUCACCUUCCCCUCUCACUCCCUCGCCGCUCUCAAGUCGCUCGCUACAAUAGAUGCAACCCUCGCCUCAGGUUAUAUCUCUACCGAUGACGCCCUCAGUGCCUUUAUCUGGCAAUCCAUCAUCCGCGCCCGCCAACCCCGCUUAAAACCUACAGGUGAGGUAACAUUCGCCCGAGCUAUCGAUCCACGGCGCUAUCUCGAUAUUUCGCCCACGUACCCAGGAAUUGUGCAGAACAUGACAUAUCAUAAGCGCACGGUUCAGAAGCUGGUCGAGGAUCCUUUGGGCGCUAUUGCAUCCGAACUUCGUUUGGCCGUCGACCCCAAAACAUCGAAUCUGGGGUACCAGACCCGUGCUCUUGCGACCUUCCUCGAUCGCAUACUAGACAAAGGCAACGCCUCCGUUACAGCGACGAUUAAUCUGUCAACAGACAUCAUGUUGAGUUCGUGGGCGAAGCAAGAUUUUUAUGACCUUGAUUUCAACCUUGGACUGGGUAAACCUGAGGCCGUGCGGAGACCGCGAUUUACGCCAGUCGAGAGUUUGCUAUAUCUUAUGCCUAAGGCGUUGGAUGGUGAGGUUGCGGCUGCGCUUUGUUUGAGGGAUGAAGAUAUGGAGAGGUUGAGGGCGGACGAGGAGUGCGCGAGGUAUGGGAGAUAUAUCGGGUGA